GGAAUCUGAUUUGAUAUUUAAAUAAAACCUUCCAGUUUGGGACCUCUGUCUAAGAAACGCUACCUAACAUUGUGUUAACAUCAAAAUUAGAAAGCAUACCUUUGGUCCUAUCGUCCAAGUCAUUUCUCGGUCCUAGCAUUGAUCUUGUGGCAUACCACUCAUUACAUCCCACCAUUCAAAAAGUUUAUGCCUACUUUGUUCCCUGUUAGCUGGCUGAUGUAAAGACCAUGUGUAUUCUGUACUUUUAAUGUGGACUGAAAUGGAAAAAUAACUGUUUUGAAACCAAAGAUUACUGAAAUAUCACCACAUUUUUUUUGUAAACACAUUACCUGACACUCAUUGAAAACACUGUUUUUAUAGUUGAUGAUCGAAGCAUAGCAGGACAAGAUGCAGACAAGCUGGAGCUAAGGGAUUUGUGCAAAUGGAGAUUCAGUGGGCAACAAGCAGUUGAUUGGUCUAUGGACUAGUGACCAGUUAUUGAUGAUGAAGGCCUUCUAUCUGCCAACAACUGCAUGCUUAGUUUUCAGGUAGCUGAACAGCUUAGGGCAGCCAACAAUCUACAGAGAAAUUGACAGAGCAACCAUAUGCCUAAGAACUGUUCUCUGCAGUAAAAAAAGACCUAAAAUUAAAAUAAACAGUUUAUUUUAUCUUCAAUAGUUGUUGUAAGCUAUUACUUUUAUCAAGUCAGGGACUUCUGUACAUGUGAACCAGCUACCAUCUGCAAACUAAUGAAGGCAUCAGCGAAAGAAGUCUGAGAAUCAGCAUUCAGAACAGCAAAAGAAAUCAUCUCAGCAGCCCUGUGAACAUGAACAACUGAACUAUCUUCAUAGUCAUUGCCCCUGUCCUUGAAACCCAUAGUUUUCUUCCUGCUGUCUGUUUGAGUGCAAAGGAGAGUCUGUAAGGGAAUUCACAUUUUAACAUUUCUGGUGCACUGCCGUAAUGAUGCAUAACACUAACCUUCUAUUUUUGCCAAUAUGCUACUAUGUACACCAUCAUGCUUUUUUUACUGCAACAACAUUUGAUGCGACAUCUCAUCAAAUGCCUUCUGGAAAUCUAGGUAUGGAAUAUCCACCAGUUUCCAUUUAUUAACAGCAUAUAUUACCUCCUCAACGAACUUCAAUGGAUUCGUUAAACAUGAUUUUCCUUUCACAAAACCAUGCUGACUGUGUAUGAUCUCCUGGAACUUUUCUAAGUGACCUGCCAUGAUAUUUUUGAAAAUAGCCUCUAAUAUCCUCCCUUACACAAAUGUUAAGCUAACUAAAUUGUAAUUUUUGCUUUCUAUUUCCCUUUUUGACUGAAGGUAUUUCAUUUUUCAGUAAACUGAUUAAAAGAUAAUCUCAUUUGCGUAAGGGAUUCAAUGAAUAAUCAUUUGCAGAUUUCCAACUUAGUGGAACUUCCACCUAAUCUGGAGAAUUUUGAAAAAAAAUAUCUACUUUCUCACUAGCCAUUUCUCUUAAGACUCAAGGAUAAAAUCCAUCAGGAACUGAGCACUUGUCACCUACAGUUCCUAUAAUUUGCACAGUAGACUUCUCAAGCAUUAAAACAUAGGAACUAGGAGCAGGAGUAGGCAAUUCAGCUCCUCUAUCAUGCUCGAUCAAUUGCUCAUCUAAUUAUUUAGUGUCCCAGUGUACAUCACGCAUUGGAGUGGUGAAUUCUACAGAGUCGUGACUCUUUGAGAGAAGUAAUUUCUCCUCAGCCCUGUCUUAAACCUGCUAGUCCUUAUCCUAAAACUGUGACCUCUCACUCUAGACUGUCCCACAAGGGGAAACAUCCUCUCUCUGUGUACUUUGUCAAUCCCCUUAUAUACCUCAGAGCUCCUCACAUUCUUCUAAACUCCAGAGAGUAUAGACCUAAAUUAUUCAAUAUCUCUUCAUAAGAUGAACCUGUAUUUCUGCAAUCAAUCUAGGGAAUUUCUACUCUCAGCAUUGUAAUUUCCCUGAGUUCCUCCUUCCCCUCCAAAAGGAACUAAUUUCUAGUUUACAUUUAGUUAUGGAAUGUCUAUUGUAUCUUCUAUAAUGAAUAUUUUACCAGAUUAAACUUGAAAUCACUGUAAAAAUGAAAACACACAGCCGUGUUAAAAUAGUUAGUCAAUUUUUGUCCUAUAAAUUGAUUGGUCACCCAUGCAGUGUGAUAGCGAACUUCAUUACAAUGCUGAAGAUGACAAAUAGAAGGUGAUUCAUUUUUCAGUAAACUGAUCUAAAAGAUAAUCUCAUUUGCAUAAGGGAUUCAAUGAAUAAUCUGAUUAAACUGCAAACUGCUCAGGAAUAUGACUAGAUGUUUUUGGAGAUUCCCUGAAUAUGUCGGAAGCAUGAACAGUUGCUGAGCCUGGACCCACAGUGUCUUCUGGCACUUGCGCAGAGUUAAGUCUGGAGCUAAUUAUUAAAGGGACGUUUGGCAGGCAUAUCAUACAGUGCAGUACUUUCCUUUUUAAUUAGAUUUGGUUUCAUUUCUCAGCCCCUUUCCCAUAAAUGGUCACCACCAGUGAACACUUGAUAUAAAUUAUUUAUGAAGUGCUCUGAAAACGUCUGAGAGGAAAUUACAUCAACAGUCAUUUGGUCCUAGUACACGUACUGUAAAGAUGGAGAAAUAUAGGACAGUGCUGAAUUUAGUUUUGAAGCAGCAUGCUACCCUAGGCUACGGCUUUCUGGCCUUAGCAACAGCUGGGGGAGAACAAAUAUUCUCUGUCGUUGUGUUCAAUUGUCCCUGUAAUUCUUGGAACUUUGCCUACAGUAUGGUUUUCCUUCUCGUCCCAGCCCUGGUAUUAUUUUUACUGGGAUACUUCAUAAGCAGCCGAACCUGGAAGCUAUGUACUGGCUGUUGCAUCAAUCAAGUAAAGCAUUGCUCUAAAAUAAUCAUUUGCCGUGGCAUAAAGAUUUUUGUACAAAUCACAGUGGGUGCUUUAGUAGCCCCCAUAACUUGGAUUUCUGUUGCGUUGCUGAAUGGCACUUUCUAUGAAUGUGGUAUGUGUGGCUAUUACAAUGAAUACCUCUUACAAACACACUGCAAAAACAAAUCCAGUGACUGUCAAUCCAAUUUUUUUAAACUGCCUUGUGGCCACUCAACGUUGCCUCUGCCAAUCCAGGAGGAUAUUCUUCUCACCAUACAUGCACAGUCUCAGGUCCUUGGAUGGAGCCUGAUAGCAGCCAUUGUGGUUUUUGCCUUGGCUUUGACCUGCAUUUUGCGCUGUUACUCUCCUGUCAGCUUCCUGCAAUUGCAGUUUUGGAAAACAUACAAGGCAAAGGAGAAUGAGUUGUUUGAGCAAAAAUCAGAGGAGCAUGCUAAAGAAUUGGCAGAAAGGAAUCUGAAGAGUUUCUUCAAAUCUGAAGAACCGCAAGAAAUCAAAACCCCAAGCAGGGCAGCAUGGGAGGAGAUUUCCCUGCUUUACUCUUUCAGCAGAACGGAGGAGUACUAUAGCACAAUUCACAAAUAUGCAGACAGGAAGGCCGACAACACCCGCACGUCAUCCUCCACCAUUCACAUGGAUGUGCCUGCUGUACUGGACUUUGUUGAUGGAAAUAAAAAUUCUGUUGAUAGCCAUGUUUGAAAAUGCAUUCAGGCACGGGUAACUGCAAAAAUUCUAAGCCUUCCAUAUAGCCUGAAAUAAGUAGUGUUUUUAAGCAUGUGUAUCAAAGUUAUGUUAGAAUAUUUACAUUUGAAAUCUCUUUCUGGACAUAGAACCUUAUGUGAAGUGUUGUAUAUACAAAUUUUGUUACUUUUUAUAUAUUUUAUAUACUUGCAUACAAUUAUUUUUUAUUGAGAAUGUAAGUAAUGCAUUGUGUUAAGGACCAGUUUUGUCAUCUAGUAUAUACUGGGUCUAAGGCCUGCCAGAGAGGAGCAGGUCUUAUGUGUCAUCAUGGUAAUAGAUUCAGGGAAUCUUAGACCAUUUAUCUCUUCAUGAAGAAAAACAUACUGGAAGGAUAUUUUCAUGUGGGUACAUGCCUUAUCACCAUCUAAUUGCUAGUUCUUUAUAAUCCAAGUUUAAAUAACGUUAAAUAACUUUAUUAAUGCUUGUAAAGCAUUAGCUGGUACAGUUUACAGAAGCUCUGCUUUCACUGCCAGAACUCCAUCCUGUGUGUUUUGGAAGGAAUACUGUGGAUAGAUUUGCCAUACUUCUAAUAGAAAGCUGCGUUCACUAGAGUGAAAGUCAGUGCUAGGGCUGCUCAGAACCCUAACAAUACAGUCCAAUUUGCACUUAUAUUUCUUAAAUUAUUGUAUUUUUCUAUUUGAAUUUUAUUGCUCUGAAGAGUUGGAACAGAAUAAUAUUACUACUUUUGCCCUACUGCUUUAUAUAUCCUAAAUUGGAGACUUUACCAGGGCUACAGAUUUAUUAUAUGUUUCUAGAUCUCUGAAGUUUACUUUGUAUGCAAUAUACAGACUAAAAAGUUGUAAGCCUCUAAUCUAAUUGGUGCAUUGUCAAAUAAUGAUUGUUAAGAUCAUAUUCCUAACUUUCCACAAUUACAUAAUUUGAUGUAAAACAUUGACAUAUUGGUGAGGAGCUGCAGUGAGUAACUCACCGCCUAUCUCCUCAAAGCCUGUCCACUCUUUAUAAGGCACAUGUCAGGGGUUUGUUGGAAUAGUCGUCACUUGGCUGGAUGAGUGCAACUGCAAGAACAGUCAAGAGCUUUUCACCAUCCAGGACAAAGUAGCCCGCUUAAUCGGCACCCACAUCCACAAGGAUUCACUCCCUCGACCACCCAGUAGCAGCCAUGUUCAUUAUCACCAAAUUCGCCAAAGAUCCCUAAGCAGCACUUAAAAACUCAUGACCGAUUCCAUAUGGAAAGACCCGUGGGAACACAUUGAGCUUCAAGUAUCCCUCCACUCCGCUCACCAUCCUUACUAGGAAAUAUGCUGCCGUUCCUUCAGUGUUGUUAGGUCAAGAUGCUGGAAUUCAUUUCUUAAUGUCUUAAUGACCUACCUACAGCACGUGUACUGCAAGGGUUCAAGAAGGCAACUCAAGAAGGCCUUCUGAAGGGCAGCCAGGGCUGACUAGACAGUGACGCCUCUCCCAAGUGAAUUUUAAAAAAAUUCUUUCGAGGCCAUGAAUUCACAUUGGUUGGAGAUAAAAUUUCUCCUGGGCAAGAGCUGAUUGAUUUUCAUAUCCACUGACUUCAAAGAGAAUAUGAAAUGGGAAGCUGAUUCUCUAUUGCCCGACACAAAUUACUAAUCAAGUGGAUUCACUCUGAAACCACAGAAGCACCAAAAUAAUUUGACCUGAAUACUCAAGAAGGAUAGACCCGGAAGAUAAAUUUGGUUAGGACUUUUCGAUGCACAAACAUUUCUGGCACCUUUUGUCUCCUUUAACAAAAUUUUAUGUUGAAAUAAAGCUUUAUAAUGGUACAAUUUUAAUAAGAGAAAAUGUCAUUGAUAUUUUUAUUGAUGUAAAGACAUUAUUGUAUAUUUUUAAGGAUAAACAAACUCUUAAAAGUUCUACUAUAGUUAGGAACAUCAGUAACCAAAAUUUUUUUAAAACUUAUUUAAAUAGAUAUAUAUAUAUGUGUGUGUGUGUAUACACAUAUUUAUAACACAGCAUAGAUUUAAAUAUAACAGAUAUACUGAUAAGCUGAGGCCAGUGGCUGGGAAUUUCCCCAUAUCUACUCCCAGUCUGCUGCUAAAAUUUUUACAAGUGUAUACCUGAUUUAUUUUCUAUCCCUUUUUGUGAAUUUGUGACAACAGAAUGAGAGCAACCCUGAGGGGGUUCCCAAAAAUUAUGCAACUCAAACUUAAAGUUUCAACGUUAUUAUAUAUAAUAUAUUCUUAAUUUUCUUGACAUAUCAUGAGCUCAUAUCAUAAUAUUCUGUCAGAUAACAAGUGAAAAGUGACGAAAGUGCACAAGCAAAGAAUAUCAAAGUUUGUCUAGGAGUAUAACUAUUUGAUUUGUUAAUGAGUGACAUCUGUGAAUGAAGAAGGUAAAUCCAGCAUAUAUUUAAUGAAAGCAAUUAUAUUCAUUGUAUGUAUGUUAUAGAAUUUAUGUUCCAAUGUUUGUCUGCAUUUAAUUGACAGCCAGUUUAAAUACUAUAUGUUCAUUUAUGAAAUGACAAGCAUUAUGCUGAAAGACAGAGAAAACAUAUUUCAGUUAAUUUGGAAUAACUCAUAAGCUUUUUUCAAA